CUAGUCUCUCUCUUCAUCUCUGGCAGAAUACACAACAUAGGCGGUAGCGGAGCGAAGAAACCAUGGCCAGAGGACAAAGAAAAAGCAACAAGAAGCUGAAAUUUUCAUUCGAAGAAAAGCGUAAUAAGAAAAGAAUUUUAAGCACAUCAACAGAGCAGGACCAGGAGCUAGACUUUUAUCUUCCUACAGAUGUUCUAGUAUUGAUAUUUACUCUCCUGAGCUUCAGAGACACUUCUCGGGCUGCUGGAGUCUGCAGGCGAUGGCGAGCUGCUGCAGCCACUGUCCAAAAUUUGGGCAAGCCACCGCUUCUUUUGCAUCUCCCAAGAUAUGGUUACCAGCGAUAUAAAUUUUUCGAUCUUUCUUUGAGCCGGUCAGAUAGCCUUAGCUUGCCAAUAUGCCGAAGAGGUAAACUCUACUAUGUCCGGGAUCGUUGGAUGCUGUUUUUCAAGGCCAGCAUGCAAACAUUGACAUUAUUCUGCCCUUACACACGAGAGUCAGUCCAACUACCUCGAUUGUCUGAGGAGUUCAAAGGAGCUGCUUUCUCAGGACUUCCAAAAUCACCAGACUGUGUAGUAUUUGCUAUAACUAUAUCAGAGCACACACAUGCUACCAUCUCAUCUUGUCGCCCCGGUGAUGAUACAUGGACGACGGUCACCUAUCAAUCCCAGCACCCAUUCCACAGUUGCAUUUGGAGCUGUGUUGUGGCGUGCAAUGGCUGUUUCUAUUGCAUGAGCCCCUCAGGACACGUGGGAGUAUAUGAUCCAAUGCAAAGAACUUGGACAGUCUUCAAUGGUGACCAUGAUCACUUGGUAGAGGGUAUUUCGCUCCAUAAAAGGAGGUGGUUCACUGCAGAGCACAGCGGGGACAUCUUUCUUGUUCGGACCUGUGUUAUUGAUGGCUUAACAAUAUAUAAGUUAGAUCAAACGGAAUUCAAUUGGUUGAAGGUGACAGAUUUUGGUGGGCUGACGAUUUUUGUGAGCCCUAAAGGUUCAUACAUCAAGGAUAACAUGCCGGGACGGAUGAGAGACUGCAUCUUUUUCUCAGAAGACAAAUACUUCACAAGGUAUUCUCUACACCAUGGAAGAUACUUUAGCGACUGUUUCAUUCGCCCCAAGGAUACCGAUGAAGCUGUUUGGAUUGAUGCACCGGAGGACAAUUCUGUUCUUGAGGGAUCUCGUAGCCAGCAAGCAAGUAAGAAGUAGUUGUAAUUUUGUCAUUGGAAUUUAAGGAGCUUACACUGUAAGCUCGUUAGGGUUUUAUUAAUUCUUGGUGGUCGACCUACUGAUCUGAUUAUACAUUUGAUGCUUGGUUAACUUGGUUAAGGGUAUCUUCCCUGCUUAACAGAUGUUGUUUUGAUAUCAUUUAAAAUUGCAUAAU